AAGAGAAUCAAUAGGAAUAGUGAGGAAUGGUGAGAACUGGUUAAAAAAAAGAUGGCCAAUAUCAUCAGUAUGUAAACCUCAGUAGCUGAAACCCCACAACUGUAGCACCGGAUAUUUAUUUUUAUUUCUAAGCUAGGAUUAAGUUUCGUUUUGUAGCUCUACCCCCGACAAGAAGGAAGGAGAGACAGAGAGAGAGACUUCAUUGAAAUUCCUCUCGUUUGUAUUUCAACAUGUUUUUCUGCUGUAAAGUCUGUGAUAAACAAGAGUACAUUUGAGUCUAUGUGUAACUAAGUAAGUGGACCCUUGUCGUCCCCUCUUACUUUUAGUCAGGCAGGCAUCCGGCCUUGGGCCUAUAGUUUAACUGAGACUUUUAAGCAAGGGAACGGCAGCUAGAAUAACAGGAGAGGGUUAGAGAGGUCUUCUGUAUCGGUUUGCUGUUUUGUGACACAAUUGUUGGGCUGGUUGUUCGAUGUCUGACUGGUUGGCUGGUCGACGGCGGAAAAAAGAAAACAGACUAUAUAGGCAAAGGAAGCCAGUAGUCUAAAUUAAAAAUAACAAGAUAUCUGAAGCGAGAGAGAAGAUAGAGUGAAAGAUAUAGAAAAGGAAGGAGGUAUAGAUAGACAAAUAGAUUGUGAGUGUGAGAAAGAAAGAGGUGAGAGAGACAGAGAGAGAAGGAUAGAUUGAAACAGGAAAGAACGGGAGAAAGGGUGCAAUAAACAGACUAUGGAGAAGUUUGUUAACAGUCUGGACGCUUCCAAAUCGUCGAAUAAAACAUCUCUGUCUAUUGAUCAACAACUGAUACAGGAUAGAUUGGAAAAUAAAACAGCAGACGAUGUUGUGGCUUAUUACCAUGAAAACCUCUGUCGGGAAGAAGCAGAGACUUUAUUACUUAACAUGGACCGUUUAAAGAAAAUUAAUGGAAGAUUCCUGCUGAGAGAAAGCCGCAUCAAGCAGAAUGACAAAGUAAUCUCCAUGUUGCAAGAUGGUAAAGUUUACCAUUUUCAUGCUGCACACAAGUUUGACAACUGCUUCCAGAUCGACUGUGGACCUAUAACACAAGGUAUUGAUAGACUGAUCAAGAUCCAUCAGCACAAACCAGCUGGAUUGCCAUGCUGUCUGACAAGCUUCAUUUCUGGUAAACCACCACCUGCUGCCCUUCGGUAUCAAGGACCAACCAAUCUCUUGCACAAAGCUGUCCAAGAUCAAAAUACCAAACUCUGUGCUAAAAUUCUAAAUUCUAAAGAAUGUCCAGAUAUCGAUGCAAGAAACAUAGAAGGUGAUACACCUCUACAUAUUGCUUGUAAAACAGGAAACAGCAGCAUUGUAAAACUUUUUUUGAAAUACAAUGUCAACCUAUCAGUAAAGAAUCAAGACCACUGCACACCUCUUCAAGUGGCUUGCCAAGCAAAUCAACCUGAGAUUAUUUCUGACCUCUUACAAAUUGCUAAAUAUGAUCCACAUGAAAGAUGUGUAGUGUCAGGAUUAUAUCCACUACAUGAAGUGGCACAAAAGGGAUAUCAUAAAUGUGUACAGUUAUUUCUGCAGAAUCUCUCACCAGCAUUUCCAAGAACUCAAGAAGGUUUAACACCAUUAGAUCUAGCAGUCGAAGGCAAACACAGUAAAUGUGUCAAACUCUUUGGUAACUAUAGUUUUACUCUUUAUUCUCUGUUUAUUACUCAUUGUAUUUACUCUUUGUUUAACUUUCCUCAUGACAUUUUAGUAACAUGGGAAUAUCUCUGCAUGCAUUCGUCAUUUAGCUAA